ACAGAUUACAUGCUGCACCAUCUCCAAAUAGAAGAAAGCCAAAUCCCAGAAAUGUCCCUGGAAUUGUACAAAGAGUAUGGGACAACAAUAGCUGGUCUUAAGGCACUGGGUUACAAAUUCGACAACGAUGAGUUCCAUGCAUAUGUUCAUGGAAAAUUGCCAUACCAUACACUGAAACCUGAUCCUUUGUUGAGGAAUCUGCUUCUUUCAAUGCCACAGAGAAAGAUGAUCUUCACAAAUGCAGACAAAGCUCAUGCUGCAAGAGUUCUAAGCAGGCUGGGCCUGGAAAACUGCUUUGAAGGAAUCAUAUGCUUCGAGACACUGAAUCCAACUGAAAAGGUCACUACUACUCUCAGAGACAAUGUAUCAAACACUGAUAGGGCCAAUUGCGAGGGAAGAAUACUCUGCAAGCCAUCUUUGGAAGCCAUCGAAACCGCCAUGAGGAUCGCAAACAUCGAUCCCAAGAAAACAAUAUUCUUUGACGACAGCGCAAAAAACAUUGCAGCAGGAAAGGCAGCAGGUCUUCAUACUGUCCUUGUUGGGAGGUCAGUGCCGGUACCAGGGGCUGAUCUUGCACUGGAGAGCAUUUACAACAUAAAAGAAGCAUUGCCUGAGAUAUGGCAGGAUGGAAAGCAGACGAAACCAGUUAUUGCGGCCACCGCAGUGGAAGAAACCACAGUCCUUGCAUGAGCAUCAUCAUUGGAGGAAUCAACGGACAG